UGUGCUGCGCACGGCGCCAUCAGAUCCGCUCAGAAAGCAAAUGCGCCCGGUCUGGACUGCAAGAGGACUUUCAGCAGAGCAGAUACACAGUCGUGUCUGUUCAUUAGCGAGGAUCGUCUACACAACAUACACAAGUUCUACAAGCACGACUGAGAGCAGAGGAUUAUAAUAUAACGAGGAGUGAUUUUGCGAUGCUUUACGAGGCACCGCUGCGGGAGGCUGGAGAAUCAACGGCUUGACAGUGAACAGAUUUCCACGAGAUUCCCACGGAGGUCUUGUGAGCGACAUGAACAACCCGCCGGUGUGAUCGUGCACAUGGAAAGCGCGAUCCACGGCGCGUGAACGCACGCACUCACGGAGAUCCGCGUAUUCGCUGCGCUCUGGACACUUUGGAAACCUUUCUUGCCGGAUAUUCUUAGAAAUCCUCGUAUGUGCAUACGGUUUCAUUUUUAAUUUAUCUUGUUUGUAUUUUGCGUUAUUUAUUUAUUUCCAGUGACACGCUCACAGCCACAUAAAUCAUGCUGAACUAAAGGGAUUCUUUCAAAACCACUCGUACUAUAGUGUCACUGCACCGACAGCUUUCUCGGUAUCCAUCCAUCCUUUUUUGGAGCUAUAUAGGAUGCAGCAGGAAUGAUCCCGGUCCAGCGCAUUAAAGCUCAGCCUCAGCUGUGGCACGUGAGCGCCGAAGCUCCUCCGUGGAUCUGGAUGGUCCCGAACACCUCCGGACUGUGUAGGGUGGGUUCUGCUCCUCCGGUGCUCAUCUCCUCCCGCCCUCCUCCGGUGAUUCAGACGGUCUCGGGAUGGCAGAUGUCCUGCGAUCCGUUCGUGCCCGUGAUGCGAGCUGCCGCCGCAGAACCCGCGACCAUCAGUCAGUUCAGUCUGCCCAGUGUACAGUGGGAGAUCCCGUCCAGGCCUCAUGUGUUGGGCUUCCAACCUUCGGCAAGCGUGGAUCUACUUCCAGUGUUUCCUCAUGUAUACCGGACGGUCCUGCCUCCACACUACGGCAAGGGCUGGGUGGAAAAACGCGUGCCUGACUACAAGUUUUAUCUAAACAACACUUUAGCUCUUGAGACCACCUGGAUCGGUCCGGAGGAAAUGGGAAUUUUCCAGCGCCAGGAAAAGCCACUGCUGCGGACAAAUCAAACGGCGUUGAGCAUAUGUAGGCCAGCUGCAGCCUCCAGGAAUAUCCACACUCUACUUUUGACACCCAGGCGCGUUUCAGGUUGUCCCGUGGCCAUUAAGCGAGUAGGAAGUUCUAAACGGAUCGCACUGGCAGCAGCAGCCAUGAUGGCGAUGGAUUCUGACGUGACACAGGGACCAUCUGUCUCUUCUGCUCACCCUCUCCACCUGCUCUCGCUCUCACCCAUCAAGAUUCCCUUUCUGACGGCACCUCACGCAGGAACACGGGGCGGCUGGAAAGGCUUGCUGGGACCCGUCUUGCCCUCUCAGAUCACCCAAAGAGCAACAGAUAAGAUUUUGGAACUGAAGAAGCCAUCCUGCACAGAUGCCUUAGUGCUCCGCCGUGAUCCAAACCCAGAGGCUAAAGCUGAGGAUGGGCCUUUUAAAGUCAGUAUGGAUGAGGACAGCUCACUCAAAGACACGCCAGUUGCAUCUACGCCUAUACCUGGAUCACCAUGGUGUGUAGUGUGGACAGGAGAUGACAGGGUGUUUUUCUUCAAUCCCACCAUGCAUUUGUCAGUAUGGGAGAAACCAGUGGAUCUGAAAGACCGUGGAGACCUCAAUCGAAUCAUCGAGGACCCGCCUCAUAAACGCAAGAAAGACUCUUUAGACGAUGGCUCAAAUGCUGAUGCUGAUGACGACGAUGAGGAUGAAGAGGAACAUAGUUUAAAGACCAAACGCUACAAACUAGACCAUCCUGUUGAUUGUGAAGGAAAAAAUGGAUCAUCCCUUCGGAUGGUUUUACCGCUGGAGCUCCGGAUCGGCCACUUCAGAGACAUGCUUCUGGAAAGAGGGGUGUCCGCUUUCUCCACCUGGGAGAAAGAACUGCACAAAAUCGUAUUUGAUCCUCGGUACCUGCUGCUAAGUCCAGAGGAACGAAAGCAGAUUUACGAUCAGUUUGUCAAAGCAAGAAUGAAAGAGGAGCAUAAAGAGAAAAAGUGCAAACUCCAGCAAGCGAAAGAAGAGUACAGGAAACUGCUAGAGGAAUCAAAAAUCACAUCCAGGUCGACGUUCAAAGAAUUUUCCGAAAAGUGCGGAAAAGAUCCGCGAUUCAAACUAGUUCUGAAGAGGAAAGACCAGGAGUUAUUUUUCACGCAGUUCGUCGGUGCGUUAAAGAAGCGAGACAAGGAGAAUAGAAUUCGUCUGAGGAAGAUGAGAUGA